AUUCUAGCAUAAGUUGAUGGUGCGGUAAGCAUAGUACAGGCGUGUUAAAUGACGACCUAUAUGCAUGCAUUUACAACCAAUUUUCCAUCCUAAACUAAACGGUUGCUAUUGCACACACCAAGACUUCCAACAAGGACAGUUGUGUAUAUUACACUACUUGAAAAAAAAAUCUUCAAAUCAUUAUCAUAUUUUUAUACUACUUUCAAAAUUGAAAAAGUGAUUAUCUCUACUAUUUAAUAAUACCAUCAUAAUUUCGUAGUUAAAUGUACUUGAUCGAGUAGAAAAAGCCCACAAAGGCAUGCCCUGCCCAUGAAAGUGGAUGACGUGGGCCCCAAGAAUUUAAAGAGCCCAUUUGUAUCGAUUCACGUGCCUGAGCGCGCACGUGCUGAACGGAAAGAGCCACCAUUGAAAGUAGCCGUUACUAAACAAUUUUUUUUUGUUUCUACUAAUGAAUAUUCAAAGAUUUUCAUUCUUCUUCCAAACUUAACAUUCAAAGAAUUUCACUCUUGUCACUCAAAACGACAUCGUUCUGCAUUUUUCCUACGAAUCUCACCGGCAUUUAUGCGUUUCCGAUCGCCGUCAAGAACUCACGACGCCACCGAGCCUUCCCCUUCUUCUCUCUCACUUAAAUUUAGGGUGAGCAGGAUGGUGAAAACACCGAUGGCGGCAACACCUUCGUCUAAGAUACGUAGAAAACUAGCCGAUACUCCCGGAGGUUCGAAAAUUCGGGAGGAGAAAAUUAGGGUUACGGUUCGAAUGAGGCCACUAAACAGGAAGGAACAAGCUAUGUAUGAUCUUAUUGCUUGGGAUUGUUUGGAUGACAAAACCAUUGUUUUCAAGAAUCCAAACCAAGAGAGGCCUUCAACAUCCUACACUUUUGAUAGGGUCUUUCCUCCUGCAUGCUCAACUCAGAAGGUUUAUGAUGAAGGGGCAAAAGAUGUUGCCUUAUCAGCACUUUCAGGAAUUAAUGCAACAAUUUUUGCUUACGGGCAGACUAGCAGUGGUAAGACGUUCACGAUGAGAGGCAUCACUGAAAAUGCUAUCCGGGACAUCUACGAAUGCAUCAAGAAUACACCGGAUAGGGAUUUUGUUUUGAAAAUCUCCGCUUUGGAAAUCUAUAAUGAGACUGUUAUAGACCUUCUUAAUCGUGAAUCUGGUCCUCUUCGGAUUUUGGAUGAUACCGAGAAAGUGACUGUUGUGGAAAAUCUGUUCGAAGAAGUAGCCAGGGAUGCUCAACAUCUAAGGCAUUUAAUUGGCAUAUGUGAAGCUCAUAGGCAAGUGGGAGAAACUACUUUAAAUGAUAAAAGCUCAAGAUCACAUCAAAUAAUCAGGCUGACUGUUGAGAGCUUUCAUCGUGAAAGUCCAGACCAUGUAAAAUCUUACAUAGCCAGUUUGAAUUUUGUGGAUCUUGCUGGAAGUGAACGCGCAUCUCAAACAAAUACAUGUGGAACAAGAUUGAAGGAAGGAAGCCACAUUAACAAAAGUUUAUUGCAACUUGCAUUAGUCAUCAGGCAGCUAAGUUCUGGAGAAAGUGGUCACAUAUCAUACCGAACUUCCAAACUGACACGAAUUUUGCAGUCUUCACUUGGAGGAAAUGCUCGAACGGCGAUUAUAUGCACAGUGAGUCCUUCCUUAAGUCAUGUUGAGCAAACGAGAAAUACACUAUCGUUUGCUACCAAUGCAAAGGAAGUCAUUAAUACUGCCCGAGUAAAUAUGGUUGAAGGAGAGUUAAGAAACCCUGAACCAGAACAUGCAGGUCUAAGGUCAUUGCUAGCUGAAAAGGAGUUGAAAAUUCAGCAGAUGGAAAAGGAUAUGGAAGAUCUGAGGCGACAGAGAGACCUUGCGCAAUGUCAACUUGAUCUUGAAAGAAGAGCAAAUAAAGUUCAGAAGGGAUCAAGUGAUUACGGACCCUCUAGUCAAGUUGUCAGAUGUCUUUCUUUUGCUGAGGAAAAUGAAUUGGCUAUCGGUAAACAUACUCCAGAGAGAACGGAAACAGUAAGCAGGCAGGCAAUGCUGAAGAACUUGUUGGCUUCUCCUGAUCCAUCAAUACUUGUCGAUGAAAUUCAAAAGCUUGAACAUCGGCAGUUGCAACUCUGCGAGGAUGCAAACCGAGCACUUGAAGUUCUGCAUAAGGAUUUUGCAACCCAUAAUCUUGGAAAUCAAGAAACGGCUGAAACCAUGUCGAAAGUACUGUCUGAAAUUAAAGACUUGGUAGCUGCUAGUUCUACUGCAGAAGAAAUCGUGAAUGCAGACAAGACCAACCUGAUGGAAAAGAUCAACCAGCUGAAAAAUCAAGGGAACACUAUUACAUCUUUAGAGAGGAAGCUAGAAAGUGUUCAGAAAUCUAUAGACAAACUGGUAUCUGCUUUUGGUACUGAGGAGACUCCAGACAGUAAGACCCAACUUAGAAGGAAGAAAACUCUUCCUUUCAAAUUAAACAACAGCCCCAACAUGCAACACAUAAUACGAGCUCCUUGCUCGCCUCUCUCUUAUCGUAAAGCAACAGAACAUGAAAUUGAGAACAGAGUACCCAUUAUUUCCUCCUCUGGUCGUGAUACUUAUGCAAGGUUGCAUAGAGAUACCCCACGAAAGGAUGAUGAAAGUUGUGAUUCUAUUUUAUCACGGGCAGAUAGCCCUGCUUCGCAGCAAUCAAAAUCAGUGAAUGUGAAGAAGAUUCAGAAAAUGUUCAAGAAUGCUGCUGAGGAGAACAUUCGGAGCUUCAGGGUUUAUAUUACCGAGUUAAAAGAGCUAGUGGCUAAGCUGCAUUACCAAAAGCAACUUCUGGUUUGCCAGGUUUUGGAGCUUGAAGCAAACAAGUCUAUAACUGAAGAAAUGGAUACAAUUGAUCGAUCUCCUUUAUCAUGGCACAUACUAUUUGAACAGCAGAGAAAGCAAAUUAUCAUGUUAUGGCAUUUAUGCCACAUUUCUCUGGUGCACCGGACACAGUUUUAUCUUUUAUUAAGGGGAGAUCCUUCUGAUCAGGUAUAUAUGGAAGUUGAACUUAGAAGAUUGACUUGGUUGGAACAACAUCUGGCAGAGCUUGGGAAUGCUAGUCCUGCUCUUCUAGGUGAUGAGCCUGCAGACUCAGUUUCGGCAAGCAUCAAAGCUUUGAAGCAAGAAAGGGAGUAUCUUGCCAAGAGGGUGAACUGUAAACUUACAGCCGAGGAGAGGGAACUACUUUAUUCAAGAUGGGAAGUUCCUCCAGUAGGAAAACAAAGGAGGCUGCAAUUUGUAAAUAAGUUGUGGAUGAACCCUUAUGACAUGCAGCAUAUACAAGACAGCGCAGAAAUUGUAGCAAAGCUCGUUGAUUUUUGUGUAUCUAAUGAAAAUAGCAAGGACAUGUUUGCUUUGAACUUUGCUAGCCCUCAUAAUAGGAAAACAUGGGCAGGGUGGAACUUUAUAUCAAAUCUUUUAAAAUUGUAAACACGAACUAUUGUAAAUGUCUUUCAAUUAUAUGAUUAUAGUUGGAGAAUGGAGCUCAUUUACAAUAUGAUAUUGUAAAUGUCUUUAAAAUAUUAUAGCAUCUUCAAUAUAGUUAUAUUAAAUA